AUGGAAUUAAAGCAACCCAUCUCCAGCAGCUUGGGAGCCGAGAAAGCGCCGAGGAGCUAUGGGGCGGUGAAAGAGACGGAGUGGAAACCCACCGAUGGGUUCGGGAAAAAUCAACUCGACAUCAUUUCAAUGGCAGAAACAAGCAUGAUGCCCGAGGAGAUAGAGAUGGAAAUGGCAAAGAUUCAAAGACUUCGGGAAGUCUUGGUCCGAAGAGAAUCCGAACUGAGAUUUAUGAUAGACGACAUCCAGUUGUGCAAAGACAUUAUGACUCUUAAGAAAGAGCUGCAGAAUUUAGUAGCUGUCCCAGAAAAAGACAAGACAAAGCUGCAGAAUCAAAGAGAGGAUGAAUUGAUCCAGAAAAUCCACAAAUUAGUGCAGAAAAGAGACUUUCUUGUUGAUGAUGCCGAAGUGGAGAGAUUGAGAGAGAAGGAAGAAGACAAGGAGAUAGCUGAUUUCCUACGGAUUAAGUUGAGACCUUUGGACAAUGUUGUACAGUCUCCCACUAGUACGUUUGCAGAGAAGCAAGCUGAGCCUCCUCCACCACCACCACCACUUCCUCCCAACAAGCCCACCAUUGCCAAAACCAGCGCUGCUCUCAUUAAGGAUUGCUGUGGGAUGACCCAGUGCGCCAUCAUGUAG